AAGGAUGUGUCUGCAAGUUCACAUACAUAUAGUUGCGCGCACGUGGAUUUCAUCCCAAACCAUUAUCUCAAUUGCUUUGAAUUCUAAUUAAGAAGCCACCUUGGUCAAUCAUACCUAAAUCUUAAUCCCACCAAAGGCUCUACUAGCUAGCUAGCUCUUACGUACCACGUACACUAUAAAUACAUGACAUACCUUCUUUCCUUUCCCAUGCCACAAACAACCUUUUCUUUCACUUUUUUCUUAUAUUAUUUGUGUUGAAAGUUCUUUGUGUGAACAAAAAUGGAGUUUACGAGUGAGAAACAACUAUGUGCUCUGCUUGGUAUUCUGGUGCUUUUCCCUGCGUUAUGUGCCUCUACCGCUACGUUUACAGCUUCAAGAGCCACCUCUUAUGGCAGCCCGGACGGCUAUGGGACUCGAAGUGGAGCUUGUGGAUUUGGCGAAUAUGGAAGAGUCGUCAAUAAUGGCUAUGUAUCAGCAGUUUCUAGGGCACUGUACAAGGAUGGUGCUGGUUGUGGGGCAUGCUAUAAGGUCAGGUGCAAAAAUCCUCACCUUUGCAGCUAUGAUGGAGUGGACAUAGUAGUGACUGAUUACGGGGAAGGUGACAGAACUGAUUUCAUCCUCAGCCCAAGAGCCUUUAAAAAGUUGGCUCUUCCAAACGAAGACAAAAAGUUGCUCAAUUAUGGCGUGGUUGAAGUAGAAUACAAGAGGAUCUCUUGCAAGUACCCAACUCACAAGGACAAGGUCACCUACAAGAUCAAUGAAAAGAGCAAUCAUCCCUACUACUUGGCUUUAAGUGUUUUAUAUGUGAGCGGCCAAAACGACAUCACAGCAGUUGAAUUGUGGCAGGAGGAUACCAAACAGUGGAAGCCCAUGCGCAGAGCCUAUGGGGCAGUCUGGGACAUGACAAAUCCACCAAGGGGACCGAUCACCUUGAGGUUCAAAGCUACAACCAGUUAUGGGUACACUUACUGGGUUCGCUCUAACAAUGCCAUACCCAAAGUUUGGAAGGCUGGGGCUGCUUAUGAGGCCUCUGUUAAGCUCAUUACUAAAUAAAUCUAAAUCCAUAUACGAAUAUUAGAUGUAUCUCUUCUCUACUAAGUUAUAGUUAAUAAAUAUGCAGGGCAUAAAUAAUUGUAAAUUGUGUUUACGUAUAUGUUAGAUGUUGGUUGU